AUGGUGGAAAAGCAAGGCAGCUACGACCUUAGUCUCGAUGGCAGCUUCCUUCAGGACCUGCCCCCUUUGAUUAAGAGAUAUACAUACCAUGGAAAGUCGCAAUUCUUUGAUAUUCUUAAAACUGAAUCCGCUCACUUCAAAUCCUCGAUUAAAUCAAGCGAAUUCCUCCUCUUUCACGUCAGUAGAGAGACCAUCGAAAACAUUUUCGAUCUUCGGAACGAAGACGAAGACCCUUCUAUCUCAAAGCUUAGCACUUCAUUCGAUAAAAAAGAACAACUCCUCCUGGUCACCAUGCCUUCUGAGCCACACUCUGUAGCAGCGGAUGUUGUGAACACUAUGAUUCGCCAGACCCUGGUACCAAUGGGGUUGAUGACUGCUCUCCACGGAUAUCCGGGUGCAAAUAUCGAAGGGGAGGAUCGAGGAAAACAACCAGAUUAUGGCUGGGGACCCAGAAGAAAAGUGCCUGGUCAACCCCGCAACCCGUCUGUUACUCUCGAAAUUGCGUACUCAGAAUCGGACUCGAAAUUGAACACUGAUGUCCGGUUUUGGUUGAACACUGAUCACGGCAAUGCGAAAAUCUCCUUGACACUGCGGAUCGAUAGGUCCCGGCCACAAAUCCGGAUCGAAAAGUGGGAAAGACAAGACGACAGAGCCCAUCGCUCCCAGGUCAUCUGGGUUACUAAACAAGGGGGCCAAAUCAAAGUCACCGACCAUCCUCUUCUUAUCCCCUUUGAAAGUCUGUUCCGUUACCAGCCAACUUUCCCAAGGGAGAAAGAUCUCGAGAUCUCACAACAGCAACUGGAGGAAAUCGCGACGACGAUUUGGGAAGUUCAGUGGGACCAGCAGAGCUCGUAA